AUGGAGACAACAGUAACUUCUUCCGAAUUCUUGACAACACUUUCAAAUGAUCUAUCCUGGCUACUUGAAAAUACUGAAAAUUGUGAUGUUGUAUUAUAUGUUGGUCAAGAGCAGAAUGUUCGAAAAUUUCAUGCACAUAUUGCUAUCUUGAGGGCAAGAUCAAAUUAUUUUAAAAGAGCUUUGGCAAAACAAUGGGCAAAGCGUGAGGAAGACGGUUUAACUAAAUUCCAAAAACCAAAUAUUUACCCUGAAGUAUUUGAAGAGAUAUUAAAAUAUAUGUAUAAAGGUAAAAUUGAACUUGGAGGACAAGAUGGUCAGAACCUUCUUAAUCUUUUAACGGCCGGAGAUGAACUAAUGCUGGAUGAAUUUUGUAAUUAUAUUCAGAAUUUUUUAAUUCAGCAAAAAUUCGAAUGGCUUGAAGAAAAUCUUGUCGAAGUAUUACGUAUUACAGGACAUUGUAGUAGUUGUACAGCACUUAGAGAAUAUUAUUUAAAUGAAGAUAUUGUUAAAUAUCAUUUUAAACCUGGUAGCAUUCCUCGAUCAAUAGUGCUUCCACCAAGAGAUCAAGGAAUGAAUUUAGAUUCAUUUAUUAUAAAACCUAUUCACGCAAGGCUUAUUUGUGGAUGGAUAGAUGGAAAAAAUAUACUUGAUGGAAAGAAUUUACAAGAGGUUAAGUUGAGUAGGGUUCGAGAUUCAGCGACAUCGAUGUAUGGGCAUACAUCUUAUGGACCACAUUUCGGAACCGCAGAUUUGAGGAUGUACUCACCUUUUAAUAAUAAGGAAAAUUGUAGUUGUCAACAGGCGAGUUAUUAUAGAAGUGUUACAGAACAUGUUAGGUUUGCAGCUGAAGAAUAUGAAGUUUUUCAAGUUGUUCAGAAACAAUAA